UCCUUGGAUCUUAGAUCCGUGGUUCUGAAAUUGGAGGUUUUGCGAAAUCGCGUUUGAUAUUGGUUUUCUCCCUCUCUCUCCCCCUCUCUCUCUCACACCCGAAAGAGCAGGUCCGGUAUCGCGACUCUCUCCGGUGAACUCCAGCGGGCCAUGGCGUCCCUUAUAAGACUAUUAAAUGAAGGAUAAAAAGAGGUUUUUUGAUUAUGGAAUGCGAUGAAAUGGACCAAAUUAUUGUUGAGGAAGGGGAAAAUGCACCUUGCUUAUCGGGCUUGGAAUCUCAUAUGGAGGAAGCAGAAGGCAUGGAGCCUCAUAUAGAUGAAGCAGCCAAGGAUGCUACCAUGGACCUCAAUAUGGUUGAAGGAACCAAAUCCACCAAUAUGAACCCUAGUGCAGAUCAAACAGCUGUUGGUAAUAUGAACGAUGACCCUGCUAGCAAAGAGCUUGUUACAGCAGGAGAAGAUGCCACUAUGGAGCCUGUUCUUGGAAUGAGCUUUGACAGUUACGCUGAGGCAGAAAAGUUUUACUAUGAUUAUGCUAAACAUGUGGGAUUUGGCACUAGAAUAAAAUCAACUAGCCGUUCAAAGAAAACAAAAGAGAUUAAUCAUGUGGUGAUAUGCUGCAAUAAAGAAGGUUUUAAGGCACCAAAAAGAUUUACAGCCUAUUCAAAGCCAAUAACAAGGAUUGGUUGCGAUGCAAUGGUGAGAGUUAAGCAAAACUCUUCAAAGAAGUGGGUAGUGACCGAACUCCACCUUCCCCACAAUCAUGUUUGUUACCCAAACAUGGCAAGACGGUACAAAUCGCAUCAUCACUACUUGGACUCUGGAGGUAAAAAAUUUAAGAUGAGGGGAAAGAAGGAUCAGAAAUCGGGGAAGAAGGCAAAUCAGUCUGUUAAUACACUAUUCAUAGCUCCAAGAUUUUAUCCACAAUUUCCCUUUGUUCAACAGGUUCUAAUGCAACAGCAACAGUUAGCUUUUGCUCAACAGCAUCAGCCACAACAGCAACAGAUGAUGUUUGGGCAGCAAGAGAGCUUACCUUCUGAACAGCAAGGCCCAAGGCAUCUGAAGCUUGGGAAAGGAGAUCUGGAAAUGGUUCAUCUAUUUUUUGAGCGUAUGCAGUUGAAAAACAAAUGCUUUCAUUACAUGGUGGAUGUGGACAGCGAAGGAAAAUUAAGAAAUGUGUUCUGGGCAGAUGCCAAGUCCAGAGCAGCAUUUGAGUAUUUUGGAGAUGUUAUUAUGCUAGAUACGACGAGUUUGGUAAGUAGAUAUGACUUGCCUCUUGUUACAUUUGUUGGAGCUAACCACCAUGGUCAGUCUGUCUUGCUGGGCUGCGGCCUGCUUGCAGAUGAGUCAGUUGAGUCAUUUACUUGGCUUUUAAAAUCUUGGGUUGAGUGUAUGUCAGGGCGUUUCCCAAAUGCCAUUGUCACCGAUGAGUGUCAGGCUAUACAAGCAGCAGUUGGUGAGGUCUUUCCAAAAGCGCACCAUCGUCUAUGUUUGUGGCACAUCAUGGAAAAGAUCCCAACAAAGUUGAGAGGAUUAAGUGACUAUAAAGCCAUUAAGAAAGCACUUAAGAAGGCAGUUUAUGAUUCUUUAAGAUCUGACGAAUUUGAGAGAUCUUGGAAAGAGGUAAUUGACACAUAUAAGCUUGAGGAUAAUCAAUGGCUCAGUUCAUUGUAUGAACUCCGUCAUCAAUGGGCUCCAGUUUUCAUAAAGGAUAUUUUCUAUGCUGGAAUGUCUACUUCCCGGCGUGGUGAGAAGUUCAAUGCUUUCUUUGAUGGAUAUGUGUAUUCAAACACUUCUUUCAAGGAGUUUGCUGAGAAGUAUGAGAUGGUUCUUAAGAAGAAAUACAAUGAGGAGGCUCAAGCUGAUUUUGACUCAUACAAUAAGGUGCCAGUCAUGAGGACUCAUCUUUGUUAUGAAAGUCAACUUGCUAAGGUGUAUUCUGGAGAAAUAUUUGUACUAUUCCAGGAGGAGGUCUAUGGAACAUUUGAUUGUUACAACAUUGAACGUACUAAAAUAGAUGGGCAUUGUUCUACUUAUAUCCUUAAAGAGCGUGUUUUUGACAAGGAUGGCAAUAUCGUGGGUUCAAAGGAGUUUGAAGUUAUGGCAAGUGAGCCUGCAGCUGAAGUUCAAUGCCUCUGUCGUCUGUUUCAAUAUAAAGGUUUCUUAUGCAGGCAUGCAUUGUAUGUUCUUAACCAUAUAGGUGUGCAUGAGAUCCCAAACCAUUAUAUUCUGCCUCGCUGGAGGAAGGACUUCAAACGGAUACAUGCUUUACAAAAUCAUUCUGACAUUGUGGUGCCCAUUAGUGAAGCACAACGGUAUGACAACUUGUAUCAGAUGUUUAUUCAUCUUGUGGAGGAGGGUUCUUUAUCAGUGGACCACUAUAAAGUUGCAGUUAGAGGAAUUGCAGAACUUGUGGAAAAGAUUCUGUAUGGGGCAGAGAGUCAUAAUGGAUUUGUUGGCAACUAUACUGACAAUUCUAUUGAUGGGAAUCAAUACAAUGAAGUCAAUCUGACAUUUACACCCAUGAUGAAUUCAUGUGUUAUGAAUGAUCCUUUGAGGGUUUCAUGGCCAUUUCACCUGGAUGAUGGAAUCUAUGGUUCUGUGGAGACCAACACAAGCAAUAAAAAGAGAUGCAGCAAAUGUGGGAAGCUUGGUCACAACAAAAAGACAUGCAAAGAGGUAACCGAAUCUCCUUUGUCUGAAGGUUUCCUAUCACAAGGUUAGAUGUAGAAUGAUUCAUUUUAUUAGCCAGAUAAGGCUACAAAAUGGGAAAACUGCUUGUGACUCAGUUUCCAUCUGUGAAAUAGGUUUCAGUGGCCUGUAAGUAUUUUGUUCAGUUGCUUGCAAUUUAAGGCUUGUUAUCUUGUAAUUAUUUGUCUUAUACAUUUUAAGUGGUUUAGUUUGAAUUAAAAGUCUCAAGAUCUGAUUCUGUUGCCAUUUCACUAGAAAGAUUUCUACGCACUAGCGUUCUUGUUUUCUUUGGCAACCAGCAUAGAUGGGUUAGCAGAUUUAAGUAUGUAAUUUUGUUAUCUUGGAAUUAAAGAGUUUGAAGGAGCCAGAUUGAAUUAACCGUAUAUAUUUUGCUUUUUCCAUGAACACCAACUCGAACUUAAACUUGAUUGCCACAAGAAGGCAUCAAGGUUGAAGAUUUGGUUAAUUCAGGCUGCUUGCAAGCUCUACAGCAGUUUUUUAAAAUGUCAUUGCAUUUCAUUUCAUGGACAGUUUCUUGUAGAUGACAGAGCCAAUAAGCUAUUGAUUUGGGAAGUUUGUCAGUGAGUUGAAAUUUGAAUCUUGGGAUUAGGGUAUUUGGUGGCAAGGAUGAAAUUCCCUGCUUUUUAACUCCUUUCUAAGGAUUUCUCUCAGUAUCCUAAAUUAAGAACGGUAUCGAUGCCAAAGAACUAAUUCUUUAUUGCUUAUCUUAAAUGAUAUUUUUUUGCAAAUGCAUCACUUUUGUCUCUAUGUGCGUCUUGGAUGUGUGUGUGUGUAUAGACAAACUUAUGUUUCUAUCUUGAGGAAAGUUGCAUGGCAUGUUCCUCACUAUUAUGCAAGUCUCCGACAUUACUAUAGCUGUCUAUGUGCUUAUGUUUACCAUUUUGGAUAUGCUAUAAUGUCCAAUGGCGAUACUCAAAAGAGCAUUAGGUGCUAUUGUGUGCAAUUUUCUGUUUGAAGUAGUGGGACAUGUCACCAACACAAGUUGAAGUAUGCUUGUUAUGUGUUUCAAAGUUAAAAUAGAUAGUGCGUGAUCCAUCUAGGUCCCGAGGAGUUUCUUGUAAUCGGAUAAUGACUUGGCUCUCAAACAGGUGGUUGAGGACCGCGGUGUGGUAUUCUGCUUGAAAUCAAUUCACUGUUGGGUUGUGGUUUUUCUUGGUAAUAUGGAAAAGGGAAAAUGGAACUAGCUAUAUUACUUGUUAUAUUGAAGAAAAGCCAAAAAGGUUUUGGACAAUUUCUGGAUACCUUGCAUUUACCCAUUUUUGUUGUAUACGAGUUCUUAUAUUUUAACCUCUUCACUUGGUCCAGUCAUGCAACCGUUCUUGAUUAGUAAGGGAUAACUGUAGCAUUGCCUUAUUGACCAGUCUGAAGACUAGCUUUUUCUAUCAUCAAUGUGUUUUUGCAUUUCUACUAGUUGAAUAUUAGGUUCACCGUAGUGAACACAUUUGCAUGGUGAAAGCACAUUAAGAUGACAGUUGUUCUCAAGGUUAGGUAGCUGUCUAUCUAAAGGUAACAUACAUAGAAGAAAACAAACCACAAGACAAUUAUUUAAAAAGAUUCACUCUUAAGUGAAAUUGACACACACACGAAUCUCUUGGCUGAGAAAAAGGAGUUUUAUAUUGUUUCCUUUCAACUGGUUGAUUUAUUGUUUCCUUUGCUAUAAGGUAUCCUGUUAGCAUAUUUCCUUUCCUUGCUGGUUAUCUCUUUAUUUGAUAAUAAACUAUUUCUGCGUGUAAUUCUUAUCUCGUGUCUUCAUUUGGGUUUAGAUCAUGAUAACAAGUCAUCUUUAACAGCCCCAUGCAAACUCAAUAACUAGAGGAAGGGUGUUGAGCUUGUUACAAAAGGUAUGGAAUUAGGAUGUUGUGAUUGCCUUGGUCAUGUGGUCAACAAGUAGCCAGUUUUGAUGUAUUUGAGGUGAUUGUUGUGAACAUGGUCCAACAUGAAAUGUACAUUGAUUUCAACGUACUUAGUGCAAAGAUUAAAGUGAGGCUUAGUAGACAAAUAGGUAUAGCUAAUCCUGUCACACCAUAUGCAAUGUAACCCUUGUCAUUUUGCAUAGAUUUUUAUAAUUAUUUUAGUUGAUUUUGGGCAACUGCUAAUGGUUUUGAGCUAAAACAAUUAUCUUAUAGCUGGUUUGUUUGCAUAUUGAUUCGCAAUCUGAAGCUGGGUUCUGGUUAAUGCAGUGUUAUGACAGGUCAGGAGUAAGAGCAGAAUAUACAUAGCAUGUUAGUGUAUUCUGUGCAAAGUAUAGGUGACGGAAGUAGAUUGAAGUGUCUUUGUUACAUGUGUUUCUUAUUUUUCAAAUAUUUCACAUAAUGUGAGGUAUGAAGCUGAAAAGAGGGUCUGGAUGUGUUAGAAUUAGAAAAUUCUAUGUUUGGUGAUGCCUUUAUUGUCAGUUUUGGCAAAAUUGAGCAAAUUUCUAAAAACAGUGUAAGUGUGCUCUUCGUAAUAGCUCUAAAUUCAUUUGGUGACUUAA